AUGGUUGGCUACAAACUCCGCGAGAACCGCGUUCCUUACUACCAGGCGCUCUUCCAAGAAGGUGCUAAGAAGCACAUUCGUCAAUGGAACCAAACUACCAAGAUCAUGCUCUACCCAUACUACGUCGCUCUUUGGGGAGGUUUCGCCGGAUCUAUGUACAUGAUGUCGAGAAUGGUUUUGGGACACAAGACUUGGUUCGGGAAGGGAUAG